UGACUGAGAGUGCUUAAAGGUGGGCGCGGAGCGAUGGCGCGUACGAAGCAGACGGCGCGUAAGUCGACGGGCGGGAAGGCGCCCCGCAAGCAGCUGGCCACCAAGGCGGCCCGCAAGAGCGCGCCGGCCACGGGCGGCGUGAAGAAGCCGCACCGCUACCGGCCCGGCACGGUGGCGCUGCGCGAGAUCCGGCGCUACCAGAAGUCGACGGAGCUGCUGAUCCGCAAGCUGCCCUUCCAGCGCCUGGUGCGCGAGAUCGCGCAGGACUUCAAGACCGACCUGCGCUUCCAGAGCUCGGCCGUGAUGGCGCUGCAGGAGGCGAGCGAGGCCUACCUGGUGGGGCUCUUCGAGGACACCAACCUCUGCGCCAUCCACGCCAAGCGCGUCACCAUCAUGCCCAAGGACAUCCAGCUGGCCCGCCGCAUCCGCGGUGAGCGCGCCUGAGGCUCCUGCCCCAGCCCUUCUCCCGGCUCUGGCAGACGCCGAGGCAGCCUACACAGACCCAAAGGCUCUUUUAAGAGCCACUCCAUGCACAAUAAAAAGGGCUGUAAUACUAGUUUCAAGGGUAGUAAUUUUGAA